UGUUUAACACAGAGAGCCCACGGGCGUGGAAGAAAAUCUCCAUUAUGUUGCUCUAAUAACUGCUGUUUUCUUAAAUACGUCCUUUAAAAGAAUUGCGUGACGUAAUUCUUUCAUAGCACACUAAAGAACGACACUUAAAGGAGUCUCCGCAAACCAAACAAUCUCGUAAAUCGACCGAAAGGCUAGCGCACGGGCUGCUAGCUAACGCCUAGCACUUUAGCUAUGGAGGAAAAGAGGAAAGAGGAAGGAGAAACGCAGAUCCAGGAGCACGGCCCCGAGCAUUGGUUCUCCAACUGGGAGCGGCAGUGCUUAGCAGAGGCCGAGCGGAGUGAUUCAAACGAGGAAGAGACGGAACAGAGUCAACAGAAGCUGUGGCACCUGUUUCAAAAUUCCGCCACCGCGGUGGCUCAGCUCUACAAAGAUAGAGUUUGUCAGCAGCAGGGUCUCUCUCUCUGGGUGCCCUUCCAGAAUGCAGCCACAGCAGUCACUAACCUGUACAAAGAGAGUAUGGAGGCCCGUCAAAGGAGCUAUGACUUGGGUAUUCAUUUAGGCUGCCAGCGCAGAAAUAAAGAGAUGAUUGCUUGGGUGAAAAAACGUAGAAGAACAAUCAGGCGAGAGGACCUAAUCAGCUUCCUAUGUGGCAAAGCGCCACCUCCGCGGACACCUCGUGCCACGCCUAGAGUUGCCGUGGUGUCGGCAAGUCGACCAUCACCUCCAGAGACAGGCAGUUCUGUGGAGACUGACCUGCAGCCCUUCAGAGAGGCCAUUGCCCUGCAUGGUCUCAGCGGUGCCAUGGCAAGCAUUUCUGUGCGCUCAGGUCCUCCUGGAUCCCCAACUCACCCUGCCCAGUCUCUUAGUCGUCGUAGGAACGGCCUCCAUGAUGUGGACCUCAACACGUUCAUUGCGGAGGAAAUGGCACUCCACUUGGAUUCCACAGCCAAUCGUAAACGAAGCUCUGCCCCCUGUAGUGAUGUCAUCACAGACUCACCUGCUCAUAAACGUAACCGGAUGCUCUGAAACUUUUCUACAUCAUUUAUCCAUCCUCUGUCUUCUCCUCAAUGGCCCACUGGACAGCUGAUGAGGACUGAUGCCAUGGCCAACCUUUGAAAUCUUCCUCCUAUUCAUGUUAGUUACAAUGCUACAAAUAAAAAAAACAUACUUAUUAUCAACCCAUAUAGUUCUCUCCUUAUUUUUUUACCCCACCGCCACUAGUUUGUCUUACUCAUCCUGUCCAUGUUUGAGUUCUAUAAAUUGUUCUUCUGUUUGUUUGCCCUCACCAGACCUCAUACUGAAGCGAGCACACGUCACACUUGAAAGCCUUGCAUUACAGAAUGUUGCAUUUAGACAUUUUGUAUUAGCCAGGCUACUUUUGUGCUUCUCAUCCAAUGACCAGAUGAACAUGGUCAUUGCCCACUGUUUGCUGUCAGUCUCCCCUCGUUCCUCAAAUGUACUUCCUCCUACUCUGUCUGUGUCCACGUCUGUGGACAGGACUGAAUUAUUGGGGCUCCUUGAGGCUGAAGUGGCUCCCUGCUGUGCAGCUCCACCCAAAACGCUUUUCAGCGUGUCUCAUUUGACGGCUGCUCCGUGUGCUUGCAUUUCUGACAGCAGCACUCCCACUUACUGUGUUGUACUUGUCUUGCCUUUGAGGAAGCUGUUACAGUAUCUCUGGUUGUUGUACAGCAGUGUGUGUGUGAGUGAACGAAUUGUCUGUCUGCUUGCUUGUGGAUGCAGGGUUCUGCACCAGCACCCUCUUGACCCAAAUUCACCCUUUUUCUUUAUAUGCUAUUUGAAGCCCAAACCAGGUUUUUAUCACAAAGCAGGUCAGUUCAGUUUACAACGAGAGUGGUGAUUAUUUUAGCUGUCAUUUUGAUUGGUGGGUAGACAGUAAGUGGGGCAAGAUGCAGUACCAACAAAGCUUGCUUUGUUUAAAGUACCAUUGUCCUUAACUGUGUUUUACAGAAAAUCCAAAUAUGCUGUUUCCUUGACAGCAUUAAAAUACAUUUGACUGUAUUGAUAGACCAGUAGCAGUGUUUGACAUUUUGCAAUUUACAUAUUACCCACAUUUCUCCCAUUGAACUGCCACUUAACCAAGUGCAUUGCUGCCAUUUCAAUUCUUUGACUUCAGAAGCAACGCUUGUGAUUUCAGCUUUACAACUGAAGUUUUCUGUUAAUUAGUGGGGGCCAGGGGAUGGGAUUUUACUUGGUCUAACCAGUUCAUGGACAAUUGCAUUCAAUGGUUCAACAAGUUCAACUUUGGACACACUUUUUUCUUUUGCCAGUUUCACACAUUGCUUUGUGAAACAAUCUUGUGUGAUGUGUGUAAAUAACAUGUAGGUGCUGUUUUAUGUGGUACAUAUUGUAAAAAAGUGCAAAGCCAUUGGGAUGUCCAUGUAUAAUAACAAUUCUAACAUUAAAGAAACUAAUGUGUUUAACUA